CGGCGGAAAUUUAUACCCUCGCUGUUAAAUCGAAUCAUUGCCCCCAUCCCCUCCCCCUGGACUCCUCGGUGAGCUCAACCACCUUUAACGGCGCGUUUAAGUUAGCGCCGCGGCCUUACCUUUAUAAAAAUGCUCUCUGUGCGCCGAAUGGUUCAAACUGAACUUUGUCCUUUAUCAACCGUCGCCAGUGUUUCCCGCCAAAUUGCUUUUACAUUUUGUUCGUUAAAGAUGAUGAAUCCAGCCAAGGAAACUAUUUCCAGCCGUGCUGGGUGUUCCUCAAUAACUGCUGACAAGCCGUUUGGCAAUGAAUCUUCUGGUGUUAAACAAGGGCGUAGCAGUCAAUUGUCGCAACAAAUGUUAGGUGGAGGAGCAGUGGAAUUUUCUGGGGCAUUAAGUUUAAAUGAUAAGCAAUUUCAAUCUGGGGAUGAAAAUGAAUUUCCCCCACUCACUUUGAAAGGUAGGAACUCUAAUAAUAGGAGAACUAGGAGUGAUUCAGGAUUUGAGCCAAGGCACAAGGCUGUUGAUUCAUCUGAACACAAGGGAAUUGCGAACUCUCUGAGCCUUCAGGAUAAAUGUUCUUUGCCUAGUCAUUUUGGGAAGAAGGUUGUAAACAUUUAUGUCCCAAAAUCUGUGUCUGGUGAAAGCAAAUCCAAGGAUGUAGUAGGUACCAAGAAUACUGAUUUCUCUGAGGGUUUGCCUAAGGUUGAAAGAUUCGAUAUCUGCUUGCCUACAAGAAGAGCUUUUGGCAUACAAAAAGUACUGAGGCCUGGAAUGGUUUUGUUGAAACGUUAUAUCUCCCUCUGUGAACAGAUCAACAUUGUCAAGACUUGUCAAACACUUGGUGUAGGGCCUGGGGGAUUUUAUAGGCCUGGCUACAAAGAUGGAGCAAAACUUCGUCUACACAUGAUGUGUCUUGGUCUGAACUGGGAUCCCCAGACAAGAAAAUAUGAUAAGCGACAUCCAAUUGAUGACUGUGAACCACCCAAUAUUCCAUGUGAAUUUUGUCUGCUGGUUACAAGAGCAAUCCAAGAUGCACAUUGCCUGAUCAAGAAAAAUUAUAUAGUAGGCAAUGUAGAAGAUGUACUACCUUCAAUGUCUCCAGACAUAUGCAUCAUAAACUUCUAUACAACAAAUGGGCGACUUGGGCUCCAUCAGGAUCGAGAUGAAAGCAGAGAAAGUCUCCAUAAAGGAUUACCUGUAGUCUCUUUCUCUAUUGGUAAUUCAGCUGAAUUCCUUUAUGGCGAUCAGAGAGACGAGGACAAGGCAGAGAAAGUGGUAUUGGAUUCAGGAGAUGUAUUAAUAUUUGGUGGUGAGUCUCGAAUGGUGUUUCAUGGUGUGCCAUCCAUCAUUCCAAACACGGCACCUCAGGCUCUUUUGGCAGAAACUGGGCUUCGUCGUGGUCGACUCAAUCUUACCUUCAGACAACUUUGAAAAUCUUGAACUGUAAACACAACCGCUGCAUUAGCUUGGAUACAGGUAUAUAGAAAUUUAUUAUUGUUAUUAUUAUUACUACUCAAUAGAAUAGGGGAAAUCUGUAUUUUGAGCAUCAUUAUGAUGGCUUUUGGUUAUUAAUGUGUAAUAAGGAAGCAAUGUUCAUAUAUAGAAAGGCAAAUUGUUUGCUUCUCUUGUUCUGCGCUGUUUCUACCUGCGGCAUUCCUGCUUGCUUAUGGAAGCGCUUUGCUUCAUAUAGCAGCAUGUGCCACGGUUGUAAAAUAACAAGAUCAUUUCUUUGAUUGACGCAA